CCGAACUUAAAAUAUGGAAUAGAAGUGAAAAAGGCAUUGUUUCGGUUUACAAAUUUCUUUUUUUCUUUCGUUAGUGGUAAAUUUGAAGAAACAUUUUUUAAAAGCCAAAUUCUCUUAAUUAGGUAAUUGCUAAUUUCUCAAAAGUCAAGAAUGGAUGUUAAGGAGAGAUCUAAAAAACUUUUUGAAGACUUUUGGAACUGGCGCUUAGAAGACAGUCCUGAGUUCGCUACUAUUAUUGGCGAACAUGCGUUUGAUGAUAAACUGCAAUCUUAUGCAUUGGAAUCAUUUGAGAAGAGAAUAGAAAAAGUGGAAGAGUUUUUUAAGGAAACAAAUAUUCUUCUUGAAGAAGGAAAUGUUGACAGCGUAACAAAGACUAAUUUAGAGCUUUUCCUAUAUGAUCUUCAAGUUUAUAUAAAUGGAAUGGAAGUUAAAGGGUAUGUGUUCGCUAUUUGUAACUCGGAUGGAGUACAUUUAGAAUUUGAACGUCUUCUUUCUCUUAUGCCUCAAAAGACUGUCAAAGAUUUUGAAAAUAUCCUUGCAAGGUUCAAAGCAUUGCCUAAACAGAUUACGGAACUCAUUCAAGUCAUGCAAGAAGGCAUCAAAAUGGAAAUGACCCAUCAUGAAGUUUCUAUGGCAAAAGUUGAUGGUCAACUGGAGGCUUUACAAGUAGAGCCUGAUGCAAGCGUUUUUUAUAAGCCAUUUUUAUCAAUUCCUAAAAAGAUCUCCGAAAAAGAAAAAAAUGAUUUGAAAAGUAGAGCUUUGAAAUCGCUAUCAGAAGAUGUGUUGCCAUCUUUUAAAAAAUUACAAGAAUUCAUUAAAAAUGAAUAUUUCAAGCAUCUUCGCAAAAAUGUUGCAAUUACUUCUGUACCUAAUGGUAAAGAAUUUUAUGAGGCUUGCCUUGAUUUUCAUCUUGGAUUUAGGGACUAUAAUGCAAUACAUGAAGCUGGUUUAAAUGAAGUGCAAAGAAUUACUGAGAAAAUUGAAAGAGUAAUAGCAUCUUUGAAGUUGAAAAUGACUGUGAGUGAAUUUGCAAAUCACAUAAAAGAAGAUAAGCAAUUUUAUUUUAAUACAGAAAAAGAGCUGAUAGAAGAAUAUAAGAAUAUAGUUUUUAAAAAAAUAAAACCUAAGUUGCAUAUUUUGUUCAAGACAGUGCCAACGGCUGAGCUUUGCAUAAAACCUGAUCCUCCAGCCGGCACACAAGCAUAUUAUUUAGCUGGAAGACGUAAUGAUGAAACUCCUGGAACAUUUUUUGUUGAUGUCAAAAACUUGAAAUCAAGUCCUAAAUAUGAGAUGAUGGCUCUAGCACUUCAUGAAGCACUACCUGGUCACCAUUUACAGACUUCAUAUUGCAUGGAACAAAGAGACUGGCCCCUUUUUCGAACGCAAAUUGAAGAUAGAAAAUACUCCGAAGUGCCUUCACGCUUUCCUCUACACAGUACUUAUGUUGAAGGUUGGGGCUUAUAUUCUGAAUAUCUUGGUUAUGAACUAGGAUUAUAUGAAGAUCUGCAUUCGCGGUAUGGGCGUAUGUCUUUUGAAAUGGUCCGAGCAUGUCGAUUGGUGGUAGAUACUGGAAUGCAUAUAUUAGGCUGGUCCCGAGAAAGAGCUAUUGAUUUUAUGAUGGAACGUGUAGCUUGUUCCAGAGAUCAUAUUGAAAAGGAAAUUAACAGAUACAUUACCUGGCCAGGACAAGCUUGUGCAUAUAAGACUGGUGAAAUGAAAAUUUUGGUUUUACGGAAAACAGCUGAAGCAGAACUUGGGGAUAAGUUCGACAUACGAGAAUUUCAUGAAGCAGUUUUGAGAAGUGCUGGUCCCCUUUACCACCUAGAAAAAAAAAUCCAAGAGUUCAUUGACAAGAACAAAUAGAAGACUGUUAAAUUCAAUCAAGAUUUCUACCUAUCAGAGGGUUUUUUAAAAAGCAUAAUAAGAAACAGAAGUUAACAAGCUCUCUUGUGUCUGCAUACAAUAUACCGACAGCCUGUUACAUGACAUCCUGAGACUGCAAUUUCAUCCUUAUGGACUCAUCAGUUUGGAAUAGUCAGUAUGAUAAUUUGUAAAAUAGUUUAAAAUAAAUAAAAACCAAAUUUUUCAUGCGAGCAAAAAUAAAAUUGAGGGAUAUACAUAGGGGAAAGAAUGUUUUGAAUGUUCACAUUGUGUGAUAUCUGCAAUGAAAAACAUACUUGGAUAAAGUUUCUUAAGACUUGCAUUUUCCCCCUAAAAUAUACUAUUUCGCUAAAAAUGAAAUUCAUGAUGGGGUUUUGAAACAGCCAUCUUUGGGUGGUACAACGUUCUAUAAUCUAAUAAAUCUAUGAAUUAGAUCAUGAUGAUGCUAACACUGAAAACAUUUAUGGACACUUUGAUAUUGAGAUCACAAGUUUGUGCAAGGCGUUGAUAAAAGUGCUCACCAUAUUUUUCUUCAAGUACAAAUGUUCUUAGGCAAGUAUUUUAAUUAUAAACUUCACAAAAAAGUACUUCAUGUAGUAAUUAAAACCACUACGAUCAACCUUUCCCACAUUUUGGUUAGCUUUUGGUAAUCUCUUGUUAUGACGUGAGAUAAAAUUCUGAAGCUCAAUGGAAAACUAUUGAGCAGAUGGAACAAAAAAAUUUAGCUUUAAAUGCAAAAAGAGUUCACUGGAAAAAAGUUCUGCCAAGAGUGAUGAAAUUUUCAUUUUUCUCAAAUCCAAAUCAAUAAAACUCAUACACUAAUAAUAAGAAUAGACCCAGCUAUGGCAAC